AAAACAUAUUCACAAUUAUUAAUUAUUUAAUAUUGUUGCAAUGAUAGUGUUUUUUGAGAUUACUACGUAAUCGUAAGAAUAAAGUGUUCAAUUAAAAUGGCUCAUAUAUCUUUUCCAUUCAAGAAGACAAACAAAACCCUAUUUCAAAAACCGGCAUCCAUUCUUACUGAUGAUUCUGUAUAUUGGAGGAAAUUAGGGUCCCCGGUGUUAGUAAAGGAAUUUGGUGCUAUUGACUACUUGAAUUUCAGUCCUGUAGACCCAUAUUACUUUGCUGCGACUUGUUCGGCUAGGAUUCAGGUGUAUGACCCAAUAACAAAGACAGUAGUGAAAAACAUUUCUAAAUUCCACGAAGCCGCUUAUGGAGCAGCCUUCAGAGCCGAUGGUAGACUCAUAGUAGCAGGCAGUGAAGAAGCUGCAGUCAAGUUGUUUGAUCUACAAUCAAAAAAUGUUCUCAGAGUCUUUACGGGGCAUACUGGCCCUGUCCACAGAACAUUCUUCUCCAAAGACCAAGUGAAAGUUGUCAGUUUUUCUGAUGAUAAAUCAGUUUGUCUCUGGGACAUUGCAACAGAAGAGAAAAUUGCAAGUUUCUCUGAACACAAUGACUAUGUCAGAGCUGGGGCACCAAGUCCUGUGUCUCCUGAAAUUAUUUUAUCUGGAGGUUAUGACCAUGUUGUGAAAUUAUAUGACUGUCGAUCCAAUGAAACUAUUAUGACUGUCAACCAUGGAAGCCCUGUGGAAUCUACUUUGUUCUUACCUUCUGGUGGUCUCUUCAUAAGUGCCGGAGGUACAGAAAUAAAAGUGUGGGAUAUAUUCAAUGGUGGAAAAUUACUUGCAAAUAUUUCACAACACCAUAAAACAGUAACUACAUUACUGCUUGCAAGCAACAAUAGCAGACUUUUGUCCGCAUCUUUAGACAGACAUGUGAAAAUUUAUGAUAUUUCCACAUUCAAAGUUGUCCAUAACAUUGACUUCCCUAAUGCUGUGCUCAGUAUGGCUGUUUCAGAACACGAUGAUGUACUUGCAGCUGGUAUGAUAGAUGGGGUCAUUUCUAUUAGAAAAAGAGAACAACCUAACAGACGAUCAGGAGAAAAAAAAGGUCUCUUCAAAUUUGCCCCUGACCUUAUGCCAACAAAAGGUGUAAAUGCUACAGUAGAUAUGUUUGUUAGUGACUCUAAAACAAAAACAGAACCAGAAUGUGACAAGUUCUUGAAAAAAAUGCAGUUUGGUAAAGCCCUGCAGUCAGUUCUCAAAACUUAUACAGCAACUAAGUACCCAGAAAAAACUAUAGCUGUGACACAAGAAUUAUUGAGAAGAAAAGUUCUUCAUGUAGCAAUGUUUGAUUUAGAUGAGAAGAGAAUUGGUGCUUUACUGCGAUUCUUUGUAAAGAAUUUAGGUGAAACUAGAUUCACUAGAACUAUAAUCGAUGCUGCUAAUGUUUUUAUAGAUGUGUAUGAAAAACAAGUACAGUUUUUUUCAGAAAGCAACUUGUGGCUCUACAAAUCUCUCCAAAAAGAGUUAAAGGAUGAAAUUGAAGUGUGUAAGACGGUCAGUGAGCUAGAAGGCGCAAUAAGUCUUUUAUUAGCGGGCGCACAAAUCAGCAGUAAUCUUCCUACAGAAAUAGAUACUUUUACACCAUCUACUAAAGCUUUAAAAGAAAUUGUUAUUGAUGUGGAGUAAAGCAG